AUGCAACACGAGACGAACGUACCCAUGCGUACACGCAGCAUGACGAUGAGCAUGAAUCUCAAGAGCAGUCUUGAAGAGAGCGACUACGCGUUCGGCAUGAUGUCGAUCGCCUCACUCAUCAUUGCCGGGUUUUUCUCUUGGAACGGCCCGGCCCGCUCGCGCGAGCCUUCGUAA